AUGCCGGAUAAAAAUGAGGUUGAAGGAAUAAAACAUUCAUUAUCGGCGCCUGAAACACCUACAGCGUAUAUUUUGCAAGUACAUGCUUAUUAUCUAACGGAAGCUCUAAUACGCAAAUAUUUCCCUAUAGAAAACAUGAUAAUCACAUGGAAAGAUGACCAUAGAGUGUAUCUAACAUUUGAUUCUUCUGAACAAGCUCAAUCGGCCUAUUUGGAUUCCUUGCGUCUUGGUAGUCAAUUCAACGCAGUCAUAAAGCCAGUUUACCUCUCUCACGAUGAAAUUCUUCGGCUAUGUAGUAGGAAAAGAUAUCGUGUUGACAUGGAUGCUGCUGAGAGGUUCGUCCAACGGUAA